CUUGUACAAUUGAUUAUAGCACUAGUUGUAAUGAGCAAUUCGGAUGAUGUUGAAAUUCAUGCGGAAGAGAACCAUUCAGACUGGAGGUCUGAAUGUGGUAAAGAGAUGCGUGAACUGGUGGAAAAUAAGUUCAGUUCGUCACAUGAUGAUAAGAAGCAGUCAACUGGAAGCAUGAUGUUAAUGAAGCCGCAAUUUUCAUCCAUGUUCUAUAAAUUGUAUAAGGCUAUUCGCGAUCGGGAAAAAGAUGAAGAUGGCUUUGUUUCACUCUUGAAGUCAACAUGUACAGUAAAUAAAGUUGAUUUGGCCACCAUUUUUAAUAAUGUAACUCCCACUGGUGAUUCGUUGCUUCAUGUUGCAGCUGAGUUUGGUAGAGAAGAAGUUGUGGAGCUGAUUGCUUCUCACUAUCCCAAUCUUCUGAGUAAGGGAAAUAAGAAAGGUGAUACUCCACUUCAUGUUGCUUCGCGAGCAAAGAAUGUUGAAGCGAUCAAAGUUAUUCUCCUCGUUACAUCAAAGAAGGCCGAAUUGAUAGAUAAAGCCGAAUUCGUAAUGUUAAGAAAUAAUUAUCAGAGGACGGCUUUGCACGAAGCUGUUUUGAGCAAGCAUUCAGAUGGGGUGGUUCUGCUUUUAGAUGCACAUAGGAGAAGUGAUUUGGCUGCCUAUUGGACUUGGAACAAGAAUUAUGGAUGCAAAUCACCAAUGUAUUUGGCCGUCACGAUAAAGAAUAUGGUGAUUCUUGGUCAUCUCCUAGAGAAAAUUGCAAUUCCUUCAGAUGACCAGGCCAUUUCAAGUGGAGACUCUCCGCUUCAAGCUGCGAUAUUAGAACGAAAUACUGAACUAUUGAAAUACAUAGUGAGACAAGGACCAGAAGAGCUCAUGUAUCAAAAAGAUGAAAGACACAACACUCCCUUUCAUUAUGUAGCAUACGCUGGUUUCUUGGGAGUUGUUCAUAUCAUGUCAAAAUGUUCUUCUCCCUUGUUUGCUUUUCAGCAAAACUUAGACGGCAAUCUUCCAAUCCACCUCGCCUGCGAAAAGGGCCAUGUUCAAGUGGUAAAAAAGCUGCUUGAAAUUCGGUGGUCUGAUGCUGGAUUUUGCCUGAAUAAUGAAGGACGAAACAUUCUUCACGUUGCAGCAAUCAAGGGACAUGCAAAUGUGAUAAAAUACUUAUUGAAAAAUCCUAUGAUUCAUCGUGACACUGUCAAUGAGAGAGACUUGUAUGGAGAUACCCCGCUGCAUCUGGCUUCAAAAAAAUUACAUCUUUGGACUCUGCUCCUUCUUUCACAAGACAGAAAUAUCAAUGCGAAUCUGGUGAAUAGUGAAGGUUUAACAGCUCGAGACGUUGUUCGGAUACAAUGUAAAACUCCAAUGACACGUCAAGAGUUCUUAGCGGAUGUGAUUUUAAGAAGAGCUGGGGUGCUGCUCAAGGCAAAUAUGCUAGGUGUGCCCUGGGAAGUAUCAGCCAACGAAGAUUGGAAAGUGAAAGACGCAGCUGAAACACUCAUACUUGUGGCCAUACUGAUAGCUACAGUGACAUUUGCUGCUGGUUUCACAGUACCAGGUGGGUUUUACUCUUCUGAUGACCCAAUCACAAAACAAAGAGGCUUGGCACUUUUAACUCACCAAACAUUAUUCAAGGUAUUCAUGGCUUUCAACACAAUAGCCAUGUACAGCUCCACCAUUGGUUCUACUAUUCUUCUUUGGGUCCCGCUAGGUGAUCUUCGUUUUGCAGAAAGAGCGUACGGACUUGCUAAGAUUUUUGUUUAUGUUGCUCUUAUAACCAUGCCUGUGGCAUUCCUAGCUGCUAUACGUUUGGUUAUCAGCAAUAACACGUUGCUUGCAGAUGUCAUCAGUGUCAUUGGAUUCAUCUCCAUUUUCUUCAUCUUAUUUGUUCGCAUCUUAGGAAGGUUUCCUCUUGGAUGUCGUCUUCCCAUUUUUCGUCAACUAGGAGAUUUCUUUAUAUGGAUUAUUCUUAUUUUAUUUUAUGGAAGCAAUGACAUUUUUGUUGAAGAUGAUGGUGAAAUUGAUCGAGAGUCUCAAGAUGAUGAAGCCAACCAAAUCAAUCUAGUCCGUAAAUAUUAUUCCCUACUUUCUCGUUUUGUUGCUUUCCAUCUUCCUUGCUUUGGUUUGCCUCUAUCUGCUGUGCGCACGUAGGAGCCUCUGGUGAAGGGGUAGUUGCUGUUUUGAUUUGUUACUUUCGUUACUGUUUUGUUAGUGAUUACAAUUAUGGUUGUAAAGCCGACUUAGUUGUGUGUUUGUUUUUAGGCUACCUUUUACAAAAGUCCAUUUGAAAAUCCAACUAUCUAUUAGAUUUAGUAAAAGUAUAUUCCAAAUGUAA